AUGGUCGCUCUCAAGCCCUUCGUAGCCUUGGCACUCUCCGCUAUAGCACUCGCAUUCCCAACUCCUACUACCGAAGUAUCUGAUUUGGCUAAACGAACAAUUAGUGGGUCAGCAUCAGGGAAGUGUGGAAGGAACGCGUUUACCUCCACACAAGUCGAGAGAGCCGCCUCGGCAGCCGCCAGUCGCGUUGCCCAAGGCCCACCUGGGCAGAUUGGUAAAAACAAGUAUCCCCAUAGAUUUAACAAUAGAGAGGGUUUCGUGUUUUCACCUAACUGCAAGGCCCCUUUGUUCGAGUUCCCUAUUUUCCAAAACAAAGUAUAUACUGGUGAAAGCCCCGGUCCUGAUCGGGUUAUCAUCGGCAGUAUAAGGGGCUCAGAUGCGGCGUACUGUGGUCUUAUUACGCACACGGGUGCUCAGGGGAAUAACUUUGUACAAUGCGAAUCCGGUUGA